AUGGCGAGCUACAACGCCGCUCCUGAGCUCUCGCAGGCCAAGCUGGCUUCUAUCUCUUAUCUUGACUCUUGUAUACCGCCUGAAGGAGCUACUCUAUCUCCGAGUCGCGUACCGGAGUUAGAUCACGAGCUUUUGGUACUGGAAGAACAGAUCUUGCUGGCGAGGAGAAGGCGCAACGCGCACGUCUCGGGAUUGUACAAACUUCCGCCUGAAGUACUCGCAAUUAUCUGCAUCAACCUAAAGCACGUGUGGUUAGACGACUUUGGGCCACGCCUCUUAGAGGACGAAGAUGAGCCUGACGUCGAUCCGGUGUACGUGCUCGGCUGGCUCAAUAUCACACAUGUUUGUAACAGACUCAGAGAGGUCGCUCUUCAAUUGCCGUCCCUCUGGUGUGACGUUGAAUGUCACCGCUAUCCUUCAGGCUUCAGGACAGCGUUCGAGUCACGCUCGGGCGAUCUGCCGUUGAGAUAUUCAUUUGAUUAUGACGAACUUGAACUUGGCCAAGAGUUCGACCAAUUUGAGAGUCGUGGGCACUGGACGCGGCAAUGGCUUACGCCCACCGCAUGCAACCGACUUCAUUGCCUCGAGAUAAUCAGCCACCCCUUCUUCAACCUUGGGGACAUAGCCGCAAAUUUUCCCGUCUUACCCUUCGUGACUGAUUGCACGUUGGUCUCCGAGUGCCUUGAGGACCCUGUGUACUUUGACCACGAGGAAGUCGACCUCCCUUUCGCAUCUCCGGAGCAACUAUCUCGCCUCGUCUUACGUGGAGUGUUUCCCUCGCCUUCGAACCUAGUCUUUUCAUCAUCCAUUACCCAUCUUACAUUGGAAGCAAGACAGAAGCCGCAUAUCCCGACUAUUGAGAAACUACUUGACAUGCUGUCGCCAUUGUUGCAGCUUCAAUAUCUACGCCUCGAUCGCGUUCCAACCGAACCUGCCCAGCUGGCGACCACGACCCACCUCCCGCUCCCGAAAGCCUUUCGCCGGCUGGAAUACCUUGGAUGGAUGGUCCCCUUCAUUGACCUCUUAUCCCGUAUUGUGCUUCCCCCUAGCUGUACAAUCAACUUCAAAGAAGACGACCUGUAUCGACGCCCUGAAGGAGCAGGAAAAGGUGCCGCUGACUUUGCGCGCCUCGUACAUACCGUACGCGCGGCUGUGGCCGUUCCCGAUGACACACCAUGGACCGCUUUGCUUGACUCUUCCGCAGUAAACAUUAUAUUCGGAGAGGACCGAUCGCCUCGACAAUACAGUUCACCGGCAGACAUGCCGUCUGCUGCCCGCUCGAGCUCUGGCGACAUCCUCACCUCCCUUGCGUAUUCUCACAGUCUUCCGCGCACGCACGGACAUAUCGCCAGUAUCUUAGACGAGCUACCACUAGCUCAUCUCACUUCGCUUGGCAUUGGCUGGGUAGACGACUGCCCAGAUCAUGACACUCCUGAAUGCCACCUCGAUGUAGUAUUUGAAAAGGUCCGAGCCACGGCGCCCAAUAUCCGGCAUCUGGGACUACAAUCGAUGCCGCAUGCAUUGGACGUUCUCAAGGAGCUCGCCAAAACGCAUGUGCUAGACGAUUCCUCCACCAUCCCUUCCACCUUCCCUUCCCUACAAGCCAUCACCUUUGGCGUCGACACGUACGUUUCGGAAGAGGACAUUGCGUUGGUGCAAGAAGCGCUAACUGCUGUCGUGGACACUUACAAGCUCUGCCAGCGCCCGCUGCACGAGCUGCGUAUACAACGGCAGUUUCGGUCGCUCUGUCCAUGGGAGGCCGCGAUUGGAACGAGCGUUGUGUUUGUUUAA